UAUUUACUAAGUUAUGAAAGUUAUGAGUAGGUUUUUACGAUACAGCUUACUCUUUAAUAAAAGUGUCUUCCAGACCACGGCCGUACGUGGCGCAAGCAAUUUCAGAAAGCCAAAUGUGAUUGUCAAAGUUGACCAAUUGGCUGAAGUCAAAGGAACUUUCUUCAAAAAUCGUUCCGAACUAACAAAUUUGGAGUGGCAAAAUUUAAAGGAUUUAUUAAUUAAAAACUACAAACAUAUUAAUCGAAAUAAUGUAGAUGCAAUUAUUGUGGGCAUAUGCAAUGAAUCGGCACAGUUGACACUGGCCAAAAGCUAUCUCAGCCAUUUGAGGGCUAAUGGUGUUGAACCGAAUGAUGCCACUUUGGGUAAAUUGUUACGUAUUUACAAUAGCGUUUAUCAUGCAAGGGGCGGAAAUGAGGAUUGCUUAACGCUGGAGGAACAGAAUGAAAUAUUGGAGAUUUAUCGAAAUAUCCGUAGAAAACAUGAGGUGCUGGAUUCUUUAUCCUGUGAGAAUCUUAUUCUGGGAUUGGUUGGCACCACCCACUGGAGGGAUGGCCUUGAGCUAAUGGAAAUGAUGAAGUUAACAGCAGCACCAAGUCUGCCGGUAUUGAAUGAAAUGACAAUGAAAGCAUUUAAAAUGCAAGAUAUAGAACUUGGGUGGAAGUUAUUGCAUCAAAUGCUAGACGAACGUAAACAGCCUAAAUGUGAAGUCUUUCUAACGUACCUCGAUAUAAUUGCCAAAGAUUUGAAAACACUGCCGGGGGAAUUGGAUAAAUUCUUUAUAUUCUUGAAAACGCACGAUGUGGUUAUAACCACAAAGACGGCAAAUGCAAUCAAUGAGUUGGCCAGCAAGCACCAUAAAUUGUUCUCUUGCACACUGACAAAUCUGAAACGUCAGGGCAAAUGUGGUUCGUGCGGUCUUCACUUGGAAAACGUGUCGUUAUCCGAUGUAGACUUUCAUAGAUUGCAAGAUGUCUUUUUGGAAAAAGUGCUAAUACGAAAGGAUGUUUUUCAAAAAUCCACACCAGAGGAGUUGAAACGUUUCACUGAAUAUAUUGAAAGGACUGGACCAUAUGAUUGUGUUAUUGAUGGUCUGAAUGUGGCCUAUUCCAUGGGUAGCAAAAAGCCACCUCAAGCCUUAGCAAAUUUGUUAGCAUCUGUUGUCAAGUAUUUUAAGAACAGAAACAAACAUGUUUUAGUUUUGGGAAGAAAUCAUAUGAAUAAAUGGCCCCAAAAGGCAAUGCAAUAUGUAAAAAAUAAUGCAGCUGUAUUUCUGGCAAAUGAUCUAUCUCAAGAUGAUCCAUUCAUGUUGUAUGCCACAUUAAAGAGUGGCCAAACAACAGAUUUCUUUUCACGGGAUUUCAUGAGACAACAUGCCCACUUGCUGGGACCAGAUCUGAAGCUCAUAUUUCGACGAUGGCAGCAAGAACAUCAGUAUUCGCUGAUAACACAAACCGAAACUGGAAAAAUACUUGUAAAAGAGCCUAUAAGGUAUCUUAUAUGUGCCCACAAGGUCCAAGAUCAUUGGCAUAUACCCUAUAAACAAGAAUAUGAACAACAUGUACCUGAUAGUUUUGAAAUACCAGAACACUGGAUGUGUAUUAAAAUAAAUAAAUAAAAAAGGCCUUGAAA